CUUUCAGAGAGUCUCGCUCUUUUCUCGGGAAGGAUUUACGUCGCGUGGCCACUCACCAGCGUUCACUAAACGCGGACCGCCGCUGAAGUAGGCAAUAUCUGUUCGUGGGAUUUCCUGUCAGAAGUUCACGAUUGUUUGUGGGCGCGGAGUGAGCAAUGGUCCCACAAAGUUCUGUGGUCUCAUAGAACUCUAUAGUUACACGUGACACGUUCGACAAAGGAACAUUAAAUAUUGGUAAAAGAAUUUUUUUUCUUGAUAUGUUUGUUUCGUGUGCUUUGAACUACCUGCUUUUCCUGAGGUUGCUUUUGCAUCUGGACACAGUCUGACCAUCAGCAUCACAUGUGCUUUGAGAACAAACUUUUUUCAAGUUCCUGGCUGAUACUGAGAAACGUUUGACUGAAAAGUGAGACAUUAGUUCACGAGCAAUAAAUUUGUGCACGGCCUGUGGAAGAGUGGAAGAGAUUGGAUUGGUAAAACAAACUGAUUUGCAGUCGGGGGAGAAACGGCUACAGCAGACAAGCUCUUGUAACCUAACUUGAGAAUCCAGCGUUUCAGAUGUGGUUCUUGGCUCAGCUUGCACCAAAGCAUUCGUCUUCUGUAUCAACAACAGGCAUAGAGGAUACCAGUCUGUCUCCCUGGCGAGUGAUUUUGCUGCCCGUUCUUCAACGAGAAGAUGGAAAUCCCGCCUUGCUGAAGAUGGCUUGUUUUGCAAACGUUGACUUAUUAUUGACGUCAGCUAGCGCCUCAGUCCAGUUAUAGUGAAAGGAUCAAAGAAACAGGAAGACUCGCUGAAGUGGGAAACACAUCUGCUGUAGUGAGAAAACAAGAAUCACCAUGGACAAUUCGAGUGCGCACCCCAACGGGACGGUGGUGUUCCUUGACAUCUUCGAAGUAUACAGCAAUCACUCAGCGUCAGGGACUAUCGACAGAGUCGUCACGCCAAUAUUUUACGUCAUAGGCCUGCCUGCAAAUCCUCUCAGCGCCUACAUUUGGUUGAAUCGAAAAACCCGUGCUAACAACUCCUCAGCCAUCUAUCUCGGUGCGCUGUCUAUUUCCCACGUCGUGUUCCUGUUGCUUCAUAUUUUGCAAGAGCUCCGAUAUGCAUGGAAUAUAAGUACUUACGAGGGCUACGUCUCCUGUGAGAUUUUCAACAUGGUCUUUUGUAUUCCUCAGUAUCUAGCACCUCUGCUUGUACUGGGCUUUACAGUAGAGAGGUACAUAGCUAUCUGUCACCCGUUCGCAAAAGAGCGCUACUGUACAGUGCGCCGAGCUGUCGUUGUAGUGAUUAGUUUGUUAGUUUUCUGUAUCAUUAUCAGCACCUUUCAAGCUUACUUCUGGACAUAUGACGCUCAAGUGCAGUUGUGCAACCACCGAAAAGAACUACACGAAGGAAACUUUGUGGAACUUUGGACAUGGUUCACAGAACUGCUUCUCUUUGGAGUGGCGCCGCUCGCUGCUUUGGUCUUCAACGUACUCGUUAUCCGUGAGAUUCGAAACCUCACUUCAGGAGGUCCAGCACACACAGGAGCUGGUGGAGGUGGGAGUCAAGCAUCUACAGUGACUUUGUUAAGCGUUUCUUUCUAUCUUAUAUGCACUUGGCUUCCUUACACCAUAGUCUACUCGAUGUCCAAGCAGUUCCCCAUCGGAGACCUCACUUUGAAGCCAGAAGAUAUAGAACACGACCCGACUUGGCAGAGACACUUGUUGUAUCAGACUAUCCGUUGCAUCAUGACAGAAAUCACGUUGUCUAACUCAGCGUGUUAUUUUUUCAUCUACUACACAACGGGGAAACACUUCAGGCAACGAGUGCACGAGCUUCUAUGCCCGAAACGUUGCCUCAAAACCGAGAGUCGAAACCACGGAGCCAAGCAAUACAUGGCUGUGUCUAAGUCUGGCAACUACAAUGGGACGCUGUCGACUUGCGUGUGAUUCUUAGAUCCCCAAGCAUAAUCUCAACGUGGCUGUCUCCGCUGCCAUUAAGUCGGGUCUCAUAAACUAAGCUCUGGGCUUUACUCUUUGACCAAGACCGUCAGUGCCAAAUAAUAUCGGAGAUGUCUCUCCAAUAGAGACGAAUGUGAAUCAUCAAACAUGAACAUACCUUCUUGACUUUCCGCUGCCUGCCUUGGAUAUACAACAUCAUGGUGUUCAUUUCUGUACGAUCAUUGGGCAAAACAGACUGAGACCCUUCUGUCAAAAGACAGCGGGCUUCAAGGAAUCUUGCACUAAGCCAGCUCAUAUAAUAUGUACAUAAAGCACAACCCAACUCCGUGGGAAAACGUGCGUAUGAAUAUAGAACGAUGAAUCCGUGCGUGCUCCUCAGUUCUGCAGUGGACUUUAGCCAGAAACCUCGAAAUAAGACUACCGUCUGGUCUCAUUAUUGAGAGUUCCUCUUCUCCUGGUCACAGUAUUGAACUGUUGUCCUUGUACUUCCUCUGAAAACGUAAAAGGAACAGAGAAGGAAACAUAACACUUAUAGCAGAGACUGGAACCGUAAUAUUUUUGUCAGCAGUUAAUGUGGAUCCCAUUGAUGUAGACAGCAAUAUGGAAAUCAAUAAUACUGCGCACUCGGCUCAAAAUUAUGGAAUUUGAGUUGUAGGCAUUUUUAGUUUCCUCAGACCCUCCUACAACUAUUUCAUCGCAUAAGAACCCCCAAAAACCGUAUGUUUUCCCAUACCGGGUAUGUUUAUUACCACUAUUUCAUCAUAAAGUCAAUAUUUUAUUCUUCUUUAUCGGCCGUUUUCUGGAAACGGGACUUUUCUUUAUACUUUUUUCGAAUAACUCCACCAUUUUUUGUCCAAUCUUCAUGAAAUGUUCACAG